UUGCUGUCAUCAUAGAUGACAGUGUUAAGAGAGCAGUGAUUGGUAGUCAAAUGCCUGCUGUGCUGGGCCAGCAGUCUGCAGAGUGGCCACUGCUCCUGUGACUUGGGAGGAGAGACAGUUCCAGGAAAUACUCAGUUCGAUUGGAGAAUUGAAACGGCACCCAAACAGAGCCAUUGUUUGACUUUCUUCUUCAGAACCCAUGUUUUCACAUCUUCUUUUUGACUGUGUCCUGCUCAUGCUGCUACUGCUUACAAGUUCUUUGAAAGGGGCAUAUGUGUCUCAGGUGGGUCAGAAUGCUGAUCUGCCCUGCACCUACUCUCCAGCUACCACUGAGAAUCUCGUGCCUGUGUGCUGGGGCAAGGGACCCUGCCCUGUGUUUGACUGUUACAGCUUGGUGCUCAGGACUGAUGGAAGGAAUGUAACCUAUCAGACAUCCAGCAGAUACCUACUAAAGAGGGAUUUGCACAAAGGAGACGUGACCUUAACCAUAAAGAAUGUGACCUUAGCUGACAGUGGGACCUAUUGCUGCCGGAUCCAAUUCCCAGGUCUAAUGAAUGAUCGAAAAUCAAACCUAGAGUUGAUCAUCAAACCAGCCUCAUCCUUACGUUGGUUUCUGACUUUAGCCAAGGUCACCCCAGCUUGGACUCCAUGGAGGGACAUCACUACAGCCUUUCCAAGGAUGCUCACCACAAAGGGACCGGUCUCAGAGACGCGGACACUGGAGACCCUCCAUGAUAAAAAUCAGACGGAAAUAUCCACACUGGCUACUGAGUUACAAGACAUGGGUGCCACCACCAGAACAGGCCUCUACAUAGGAGCAGGAGUCUCUGCUGGGCUGGCUCUGAUUCUUAUCUCUGGUGGUCUAAUUCUCAAAUUUUCAGGCAAUUAUCACCAUCUUUACCAGGGCUUUACUCAAUCCAGAAUGCUCAUCCUGAUUCUUCAUUUGGCUGACUCAUUCUCUUCUUUCAGAACUGAGCUUAACGAUCAUCUUAGUGGGUAUUCUGAUAGAAAUGAGAAGAUACAAAAUUCAAGCCUCAUCACUUUGGCCAACCUUUCUCCUUCUGGGUUGGCAAAUACAGCAGCAGAGGGGAUGCACCCAGUGGAAAACAUCUAUAUCAUUGAGGAAAACGUAUAUGAAGUGGAGGAUCCAUACGAAUGUUACUGCUCCGUCAACAGUGGGCAGCAAUCCUAACAACCUCUGGGCUGCUGUCACCUUUCAACGCCACCAGAUUCAACCACUUCAUUUAGGGGCUUGGUGUUGUCUUCUUUGAAGACAUGAGAUGGCUCAGCUGACUGAUUUGAGACAUUCUGCCCUUGGCCACUGAGCAGAGUUUUUCCGUAUUUUAAAGAUAACUAGCUCACUCGAGGAUUGAGCUGGGACCUGUGCGGUAAUACGCAGGCACUACAUUGCCUCUGCGUUCCAUCCACCCAACUACUACUGGAGUAGGACUAGGUGGUCUUGAUUCCCUCAAAGCCUCAAGGUUUAUUCUUCUUUGAAUGUUGACUCUGCAACAGUAAGUGCCAAUGCACAGCUCUCCUUGGCCUCAGUUAAGAAGAUGGCCCAGCAAGGCCUGUGGUGUGGCAGAUGCUCCUGGAGAAAAAGGAAGUACGCUCAGUGUGUAUUGACCAGUUUUGCUUGGGGUGUACUCAAAGGGAAAGAUCUCUAACCGACUUCUCCAUUCAUAGAGAGAAAUGGAGCAGUGUUUUUCAUAAAAGAAGAAGCAGGACUGGGACACAAAUUCUGUUCCCUGGUGGAAAGUAGGUGAAGGCCUUUAGCCAUCUUUAUUUGUCAGAGUCAGAUCCCUUCAUGCUUCGACAAUGGUCCUUAAGCUUCAGUGCCAAGAUGGUGGAGAGUAGGUCCAUCUUGUCUGUUUUUUCCUCCCCAGUUAUGGCACAACUCUGACACAUAAUAGAGAUUUACUUAAUAUCUUUGGAGUGAAAAAAUUAAACAAGCAGAAAGGCAAAUUUCUGGAAAAACUUUUCCAUUGGAGAAUUCAGAUAGAGCUCUGUACCUUCACUUGUGGGGAACUAAAAAAUACUCUUAAUCAUCUGUUUCUGGUCUUGUCCAGCUCUUAGUUUCUCAGCAUCUUCUUCCAGCUCAGGUCCUGGAAGUCUAUUACUCUCCUGUUUUCUUUCUCUUUUCUGCUGGAUGUAUCAACAGUAGAGACCUGCCUGAAAACGGCCUUCUCCGGGUGAUGACUAAAGUGCUACUGUGUUCAUGCAGGAGAUGUUGGUCACCGAGGAUGCAGGCAGCCUGUUUCUUACAGUGUUCAGGCUGCAUCUAGACAGGACUGAGAAGCAUUGGUUUUCUACUGGAGAUUUGAAAGGGAGAUCAUUUUGCAAAGUUCAAGGCAGUGGCUUUUAAACAAGCUGAAUAAUUAAUCUUAAGUGUUUUUGGUUUAUGAAAUUCUAGAGGGAAGAGGUUUCAGAACACAUUUAAACCAGGUCAAUAAUUGCCCCACAAAAGGGAUUCUUAUCCUAAAAAAAUCUUUAAACAAGGAUAUAUAUAUAAGAACAACUCUUGCAACAGUGUUUGUGAGAGACUUUUUCCAUGCAUUGGGGAAUAAUUGGUUAGGUGGUAUUGCCAACACACUGGAACAGUUAAAAAAAAAUUAGGUGGUUUCAUCAUUGAGUUGUUUUGCUAGUUCAACAGACACUAAGUGCUUACCUUGUGCCAGGGACUCUGGUGCUGGGAUCACAGAGACCGAAUAGACACAUCCCUGACCUCAUGGAACUUCUGACUGAUCUGACAGGAAGGAGGAUCUCAUUCAUUCAUUCAGUGAACAUUUUUUGGCACCUAGUUUGUGCCAGACAGUGUUUUAGUUCCUAGAAAUAUAGCAGUGAAGGAAACAGACAAAAUCCCUAGUUUCACAGAGCUGUGUUACUUGUCAAAGGAGAAAUCUAUAUUGCUAAAAAAAAAAAAAAGUUCUAAAAUAGUAUAGUUAAGUCUAUUUUUUCUUUUACUGUAAAAUAUUCCAGAAGCAUAUUCCAAAGUUAAUAUGGUAUUCCACAGGGGCAAAUAGUCAAGAGUUUCACUUUUUCCUUUUAUGUGCUUCUGUAACUGUUUGAAUCAUUUUCUCCAUUUUUUUGUAAUAAAGAAAUUGAUUUAAGUAUGAUCACAAUGUUUUCCUGUCCACCCUCCUCCUCAUAGAAAGAAAUGAAGACUUUGGAUAAGCUCAGGUCACAGCCAGCGGUAAUGUGUAGCAUCACUCUAGACGUGUCAAGAGUGAUUCCAGCAGGGAUUGGGACCCUGGCUUUCAGGGUAGGAUCAACUCUGUAUCAGUGAUUUGUAAUGAGGAAGAUGGCAGAAAGAUAACAAACUAUCAAGGAACCCCCAAAGGGUCUGGGUGAUGACAAGUGGUAACUUAAUUAAAAACAACAUAGGAAGAUUGAAUGUGUGGUUUUUCUCUUAGAAGUGCCUUAGAAAUUUUUCUCCUAGAUCUGUGCCGUAGACACCCACAGGGCCCGAAGAGGCUCCUUGAUCUUUUCAGACUGAAAAUUUAAGAUCUUGCCAUGUUUUAUCUGCCUAUCACUUUUAGUGUUAGAAUUCCCAAGGCAGAAAUUCUAAGCAGUUUGACUUGUCAUUCAUUUAUUUGGGAACAUUCCCUUAUGCAUAUUUCCAUUUAAAUUUAAUUUUCACAUAAGUUUGAAUUUUUUUUUUAACUGAAUACAAAUUAAUUUUGUCCCCAGAUUUCUACUGAGAAAGUCUUUCCAGAGGUAAGUAGAGAUGCCCUAGAUCUGUAAUUUUAAAGAUUUUCGUCAUUCUUUUCUGGAACUCAGCUGGAAAGGGGAAAAGGAGAGAAGCAGCUGGGACACUUGGUUGGAGAGUUCUCAAGCUUAAGGGGAGCUCAGAUUUUAACCAGUUUUCAGUGGAAAAGCUGUGCAGUAGAGAAUGCGUCAGAAAUGUGACUUUCAAGAUUCUAGAUCCUCUACAUCUUUUUUUCAGUUGUAUGGCCUGUAAUUAUAAAGGUGACUCAUUUACAUAGUAGCAGUUUUCUUUCGUAAUUCUUAGUCAAGCUCCUUCUGCUUAUGGUGUGACUCUUUUUCCAGAGAAAGCAGUGAUGUUUUAAAAAAUUAUUUAAGCUAUGCAGGUAUGGUUGUGGUGGUAAAAUGUUUAAAUACCCACAUUAUUUUUAAUAUAAUUGUUUUGUGGGUGGGUGACCUUUGGGAAGUAUUUUGUUGCAGGUUUAUAGUCUAUACUUAACAACAUGCCUUAUGACAAUCUGACACGUUGUCCUUUGUAAUUUCUACAUUUCAUGCCUUUUAAACCUACUUCAUGUAAAAUGAAAGUAUUUUACACUCCAAUGCAGUGUUUAAAAUUAUCUUCAUUUGGCCAGUUCUGAAAUAGCCAUGUAUCUAUAUAUCUAUAUCAAAUCUGUUUUAAAUUUUGUUAUCCAGUUUUACCUGCCAUUCCUACUCAUUUGCAUGCUGAGUUUAGUUCUUGUUCUGGAAACCUUUAAGUAAGUAGUAACACCUGUACAAAUAUAGGUGAAGGUUGUUAUACUAGUAAUAUUGAUUUUUGAUUCAUUUUUUUAAUCUCAAAGUUCACGAUGAGAUCUUAGCAAAAAUCUCUUGACCUUAGUGUUGGUUUAGUCUGAGGGCUGAAGCAAGGAGCCGAUGAGGGAGCAAGGAGCAAGUGAAGGGGCUUUGUAAACUUCUAGCUGCCCAGGCCUCAGUGAAGUCCUUGGAGAGGUGGCAGCUUUCCUCUUCUCUGAGCAAGCCUCCUACUCCAGCAAAAAUUCCUGGUACCUAAGCAGCAGCGAGGCAGCUUCUAAUCACCAAGGUAGAAGGGAGUUUUCUGAAUUGAUGGAAUUUCAGGUGGGAGCUAAGGAAUAUGAUAUUUAGUAAUCCUAGCUGCCUUGUUUCAAGCAAACGUGUUUACAAGGAACUGUGGGUAGGUGAGUUACUUUACAGUAAGUACUUUGAAACUCCAAGUAAGAAACUCUAAGCAGAAGAUACAUCUUGUUAGAGUGCUUGUUUCCUUCAUCGUUGUUUUGUUUUAGGUUUUUAUUUUGAAAUAAUUUGAGAUUUGCAGAAAAGUUGCAAUGAUAGUGUAGAGUUCCUGUAUUCAGCAGAUUUUUGUUUUUGUUUUGGUUAACAGCUUACAUAACCAUGGUACCAUUUGUGAAAACUAAGGAUUUAAGACUGACACAUAAUAGUAACUAAACGAUAAAUUUUGCUUGGA